GGGCAGCAGACAGGGGAAUUGUCGCGUCGGUACUGAAAGUGUUAACCCUUCUGCCGUCCCCGCCUCUUGCUGACGUUGUGGCCAAUGAGCGCGCAGCUUGUUGCAGGGGCGGUACCAGUGAUGGGGUUUCGGCUGGCGCAGAGAUGUCAGCACCAGACUCAGGAACAGCUCCACCCGGACAACCUACUCCUUUUCCCACGGCUCCGCCCCUGAUGCCUCCACCUUUUAUGCCACCUCCAGGGCUUCCACCUCCCUUCCCACCAAUUGGGUUGCCACCAAUUGGGCAGAGGCCUCCAGCAAUUCCACCAAUGCCACAUACCAUGCUACCACCCAUGAUUCCCCCUUUGGCCGGCCCUCCACCUAUUGGACAGCUUCCAAGUCUGGUGCCUCCCCUAAUGCCAACAAUGAUGCCGCCAGCAGUAACAUCUAGUUCUACCACUGCACCUGCUCCAGGAACAGAGUCUGCGAGCUCACCAGUGGCUCAGCCAGCUCCCACAGUGGCGAAGGUAACUGCGGAGCACAGUUCACCAGCUCAGGACAUUCCAAAAAAGAAAUCAUUGUGGACUGAACACAAGGCACCAGAUGGGCGUACCUACUACUACAACUCUGAAAGCAAGCAGUCUACAUGGGAGAAGCCAGAUGAGCUGAAAUCCAAGGCAGAGUUUCUCUUCUCACAGUGUCCCUGGAAAGAAUAUAAAUCUGACACAGGCAAAUCCUAUUAUUAUAACUCUCAGACCAAGGAGUCUCGCUGGACCAAGCCCAAAGACCUGGAGGAAUUAGAGGUACUAAUUAAGCAAAAGGAUGAAGCUGGUGCAGAACAGGAGACCCAGUCUGCUAUCUCCAGCCCGUCAACUGCACUUUCAACCGAUACUGAGAUGACACCCACUGAGGAACCAGUUGUAUCACAACCCAGUAUACCAGAGCCUGUAGAAGCAUCGGAAGUAGAAACUCCACAGGAAGAAGCUGUGCAACGCCAGAAAGAUAUCUCAAACAGCGAUCUACUCAGAACUGAGGAUGGGGUUAUGGUACAACCAGAAAAGAGGUCUUAUAGCUGGAACACAAAGGAGGAAGCAAAGCAGUUCUUCAAGGAACUCUUAAAGGAUAAGGGUGUCCCUUCCAAUGCAACGUGGGAACAAGCAAUGAAAAUGAUUAUUAAUGAUCCACGAUACAGUGCUCUUCCAAAACUGAGUGAAAAGAAGCAGGCUUUUAAUGCUUAUAAAGCCCAACGAGAGAAAGAGGAAAAGGAGGAAACCAGACUUCGAGCCAAAGAAGCUAAAGAAAAACUGCAGCGCUUCUUGGAGCAGAAUGAGAAGAUGACUUCAACCACACGCUACAAAAAAGCUGAGCAGAUGUUUGGAGAGCAAGAAGUUUGGUCUGUUGUCCCUGAGAGAGAUCGUAAGGAGAUCUAUGAUGAUGUGCUCUUCUUCCUGGCAAAGAAAGAAAAGGAGCAAGCAAAGCUGCUAAGGAAACGCAAUGUUCAAGCUCUCAAGAAUAUUUUAGACAAUAUGACUAAAGUUAGCUUUCAAACCACGUGGUCAGAGGCCCAGCAGUACCUCAUGGACAAUCCAAUCUUUGCUGAGGAUGAAGAGUUGCAGAAUAUGGAUAAAGAAGAUGCGCUUAUAUGCUUUGAGGAACACAUCCGUGCACUGGAGAAGGAUGAAGCAGAAGAGAAGGAGAGGACCAGGCUCCGAGAGCGACGGCAGCAACGCAAAAACAGAGAAUCUUUUCAGGUAUAUCUUGAUGAGCUCCAUGAGACUGGCCAGUUGCACUCAAUGUCUACCUGGAUGGAAUUGUACCCAUCUAUCAGUACAGAUUUCCGCUUCGCCAAUAUGCUGGGACAGACAGGUUCAACGCCUCUAGACCUGUUUAAAUUCUACGUGGAAGAACUGAAGGCUCGCUUUUAUGAUGAAAAAAAGAUCAUUAAAGAUAUAAUAAAGGAUCGCAACUUCAGUGUGGAGGUAAACACAACUUUUGAGGACUUUGCACACAUCAUCAGUUUUGACAAGCGGGCAGCAACGCUAGAUGCUGGAAACAUUAAACUGACAUUUAAUAGUCUGUUAGAGAAAGCUGAAGCUCGGGAACGUGAGCGUGGAAAGGAGGAGGCCCGCAAAAUUCGAAGGAAAGAAGCUGCAUUUAAAAGUAUGCUGAAGCAGUCUAUUCCACCUCUGGAGACAGACAGCGCAUGGGAUGAAGUGAGGGAACGCUUUGUUGGUGAUCCUGCCUUUGACCAAAUUACUGUGGAAUCAGAAAGAAUCCGUCUGUUUAAAGAAUUUGUUCAUUCAAUUGAGAAUGAAUGCCAGCAUCACCAUGCCAGAAACAAGAAGCACUCGAAGAAAUCCAAGAAGCACCAUCAUAAGCGUUCACAUUCCCAGUCCCCGAGUUCUAUGGACAGAGCAAAGAACAAAGGUCAAGAGAAUGUCCAAGGGUGGGACAAUCCUGCAGCAGAGAAGGGGUCAGAAUCCGAAGAGGAGAAUCACCACCAUCGGAUACAGAAAAGGAGGAAGCGGAACCAUUCAGAGUCUGGCUCAGAAAUCUCCUCUUCUGCAGAUUCAGAACACAGCUCCAAGAAGUCCAAGAGACAAAAAAAGAAAAAUAAGAAAAAGCGACACAAAUCGAACAGUCCAGAGAGUGAACUUGAGAGAGAUAAAGAGAAGAUUAGGAAGGAACAGGAAAAGGAACCAAUAAAAGAGAGGACAAAGGAGCGAGAAUGUGACCAAGAAGCUGAAGCUGAGCCCCCAGACUGCCGAUACAAAUCCCAGAAGCAAAGCACACGGAAGGAGAAAACAGGCUGGGACACAUCAGAGAGUGAGCUCAGUGAAGGAGAGUUGGAGAAGCAGCGGAGAAGCUUGCUACAGCAACUGGACGAUGAUCAGUAGAUAGAGGCAGCUUUUAGGCACUGGUCUAGUGUGUGGUGUUGACUCCAUUUUUGUUUUAAUUCUUUUUGUUUUAAGUUAUCGGUUUGAUCUAGUUAGAAACCUUCCCCAUGGGCUGAGCAACUGCACCUGCCACCUCCCACUGGUUCCAAUGGCCUGACAUUGCUAGUACAGGCAGUUAUUGGCCUAAAAACUCUUAAAACUGCAUUUUCAAGCCAAACAUCUCCAGUACUAGGGGUGUCAGGAGAUUCCCAUUGAGAUCAGUGGCGACUGGAAGACACAUCUCUGGCAUCUGAAAAAAGCCCUGUGUGCUAAUAGCUUUAUAUAGAUCCUAGAUUUAUUCCUUCCUAAUGCUGGAUGAUAAUCACAGAUCCUAGCUGAGAGAACUGCAAAAUCUCUCACUCUGAGGGGACUCUCAGCUCAAGAAGAACUUAGGUACCAUCUCUAAAACAGAGAUUUACUAAAACUUGUUGUAAAGUGAAAUCUAUUUAUUAAAAAAAAUCCCUCAAAUUCGACUCUUCAAUUGGUUUUGAUUUCAUAUAUUUAGAGCCUAUAAAUCUUCCACUGGCAUAGUCAACAUGGCAGGAAGCUACAGUUGAAAUCUCGUAUUAGGAGAAAGGGAGUUAAAGGGGACCUGUCCCCCAAAAAAAUUAUUCAAAAUCCUAUUUUAUCAC